AUGAGAUGGGGAGGGGGGGGUAUCUCUGGCCGAGAUUCCCCGAGGGGGAGAGAGAGAGAGAAUGGAGGAGGAGGGUCAUAUAGGUAUUGGGUGAGGGAAGCAACAGCUGACGCAGCUCCUCUUUCUCUUCCUAAGAAGCUCUCCCCUCAGCACCUUCUUUCUCAACCGAACUCCCUCGGUUCUGUCUGGAAUACGGCUGGAACAUGGGAGAAGAAAAAUCUUAAUAAUUGGGCCACCCAUCGGAUCAAGGAACUGAUCGUGUCGGUGGGCUCCUUGGAGUUCUCUGGUGGCAAAGCACAAAUAGCAAAAGUGUCGAAAUGUUCUGGUGAUGCAUUCUUGGUAAUUGUGAGGAACAAGAAACUUGUUGGAUAUACCUAUGAAUUGACACUGAAAAUUAAAGGGGAAUGGAUUGUCAAAGAGGAGAAAAGGAUGGUAAAGGGCCACUUGGAUUUUCCGGAGUUUUCAUUUGGUGAGCUGGAUGACCUGCAGAUGCAAGUACGGCUUAGCGACGAGAAGGAUCUCUCACGGCAAGAUAUGCUACAGAUCAGUCAGAAUUUGAAGCUGUUUUUACAGCCUGUCCGUGAAAAAUUGCUCCAAUUUGAGCAGGAGCUCAAAGAUAGGUAGAAAUGGGGGCCAGGAAAGGCAUGUUUCCUCGAAGUUAGACGGCAACCUUAAUAAUUUGCAACGAUCUUUUUUUUUUUUCCCAACAUAUGUAACGGAACAAAGGAUUGUUAAAGGAGACAACAGUUACCUGGGCAUACUCUAAACUUGAGAUGGACUUUAUUGGAUACUUCUAUUAUGUCAAAUGCAUCUUGCAGAUUUAUCUA